AACUGCCAAUUCCGCCAUCGGCGGCAAGCUGCAUUGAUUUUCUAUUUUUACUCUCGAAAGAUGCAUUGAGAAAGACGCAGCAUGGCGAAUUUGACAUCAGCGCCUGCAACAACCACUACAGCACCACCAGAUCCGCGACUGGUUGCGGAAAGACUUGAUUUCUGGGCGAGACAAGCGUUCGAACCAACAACAUGUGGAUAUGUCAAUGGAGAUACAGGAUCUCCUGUCACCUGCAGUUUUGGGAUCAGUUGCCUGUCAUUCACGUCGGCAAAUGUUCAUUAUUGCGGGAUUCUAGCAUACGCAUUGCCACCGACAGCCUGUAUUGACUCUACGUACUAUGUAACCGCAUGCGAUAGAACCUGCCAAGAGGAUUAUUCGACGUUGAAAUGCACACUCAGUACAAAUAUACACUGUGUGACAAUGUACUGGAAUGAUCCGAUUGGAACGAACCCUCCCAUGUCGGGAUUUACUUGCUCGACUACGAAUGCAAUUUUAUCCGUGACAUCUGCGGCCGAUCUCGGUGGCCCCCUUCCAACCGCUGCUUCAACAGGCGCAGUCGAGUUCACAUAUGGCAACGGUGCCUCGAUAGCCUCCUCUACGCCUGCAUCUACAACUGGUGAAGCAAGUUCAUCCUCCUCUGGACUCACUCACGACGAUAUAAUAUACAUUGUGGUUGCAAUAGUCGGCUUUUUAAUAGUGGUAGGACUGGUAGCGGUAGCAAUAAGAAAAUGGAAGAAGCCAGCACCGAGGCAGGAUAAUGUUUAUGAUGAUAGAUACCGAUACCCCCCAGCGACCACCACUCAUGUCUCACAAAAUAAUUGGCCGACCUAUCACACACCUACAACCACGUCGGGAUUUCUAGGAACAAGAAGCGAAAUUACUCCCGAUGACUCCGUCAGUCAAGUCCAAGUACCAGCGACACAUCCCCCAACAUAUACGCAGCUGUACUCCCAUGCGCCUACCGGGUCUGCUGGAUUAUAGAGCAGGUAGCGUAAUACCAGAAUCAUUACUAAUUAUACACAGUCAUGUAGCCUGUCUCACUGCGAACGAUACUCAACUGACAGGCGCGGAGAUUUGCACGACACGGGAUAUCCAACUAUCCGCCCAUGCAAUGAGUUUGCGAUCUAUUUCGGAAUUGCUAGCUUUGACCAUCUCAUGACGUGCGUCAUGCAGGGUCUUCAAAGCAUUCGUUCUCCACUCGUUGAUCAAUUGAGGAUCUAUGCGUGGCUGCCGACAAUCAAGCUCAGUCUCUCUGGCCACCAGGAUAGCUCUUCGCAUUUCAACUCGUGGGACUUCUGUUUCUGGAUCAGGCAUACGACGAGCAUUUUCAAGGGCUCGUUGAUUGAAGUAAAAUGCUUGACGCAAAAAUACCUUCUUCUCAGACGGAGAACUCGAUUU